AUGGCUGUUGUCUGCAGUGCAAAGAAAUGCGAAUUUGGUGGCAACAUAAUAAGCGAUUCAUUCCUCAGCUGCUGGCUAUGCGACAAUGUCGCCCAUAUAAAAUGUGCUGGUGGUGGUAAUUUUGGACGACUACACGAUCUCAUCUCAAAACGUAUGGGUCUGAUUUGGUCAUGUUUGGCCUGCCGAGAGAUUGAGGCCGAAAUGCGCACUUUUAUGAGGCAGACUCGUACUGGUUUCUGGAUGUCCGGAAGCAAUUUACGGAAAAUCCCUAACAUCGAUAACAGCAACUUCUUGCAACCUAUUGGAAUCGGAACGCCUUCUUCUCACCUACAUACAUCGGCAUCCUUGGAUUCGCCGAGUGGUCAUGCCUUUCCGGAAAUCAAUCCGUUUCUCACACCGACUAACAAUGUUAUGCCACUCACUGUAUCCAUCACUGCUGACACCGCUGUUAGUGCUUCCAGUGUGCGUAUGCAUCUUGCCGAUGACGUCCCCACUGUUCCUGCCACCGUUCCUGUUCCACCAGUAUCUACUGAAAGUGCUUUCAUUUCUGCCCCGGGACUCACUGUCCUCACUGUUCCUGCCACCUUUCCUCUUCCAUCCAUUGCCUCAGCUGCUGCCAUCGUUUCUGCCCCGGGACUCCAACUAAGAGCAGUAGUACCUCAAAAGGCAAUCUUUGUCUCUCGCCUCCUCCCAGAAACCACACCGGAAGAUGUUAAACUACAUCUUAGUCAUUAUCUCCACACACCGCCUGAUGCCUUUGUCAUAACUAAAUUUAAUUUUAAAAAUAAGCGUAAUAUUUCAUCCUUCAAAAUUUUUCUUCCCGAUUCUCUUCUAUCCAAAGCCCUGGAACCGUCCGCAUGGCCUGAGCACAGAAUUUUGCAUGAAUUUCUCCCAAGAAGUAUCCUCCAAACCUCCCUGGUUAUCCAAGUAUCUGUCCUACCUAAAAAAUAA